CUGGUCUUCCAUACUGUAACAGGCUUUAUGGAACUUUGUUUGUGUUUUCAUUGCCUUGGCCGACAGCUAGAACACGCGUAACUGAGAAGAUAGUUGUGGCAGUGAGCACAACCAUGACGCUAGGCAAGACGAUCUUGCUGCUUGGCAUGUUGACGGUGUGGCUUGCCGUCCAAGUUCAAGCCGCUCCAUUCGGGCAGUAUGCCGGGCGUUCUCCAGACAAAACGAAGAAGAAGGGCACAGAGGCUAUUGUCUCGGGCGAUCGCCUGCAGAGCUAUUUGGCAAUUGUGAGUAAUAUCAUGUCGAAUGCCAAUCGUCGGGUAUCACUUUUAGUCAGCAAGCACUUCCUCGCCGACAGUCUGCUGCGACUCAAGCACCACAAGAUAAAGCUCACCGUACCUCGAGCUCGUUUCCUGCUGUACCACGCCCUGCGCUAUGGUAUCGCUCAUGCUGAGGCACAUUCAACCCACCUAGCACUCGGCCUGUCCAACCAUUUCCCUGGACAUCUCCCUGGCCUCAAAGAAGCACCCAAGAAAGCCGGAAAGCCUGCAAAGGGACACAAAAAAGCAUUGAGUGCACAAGAGAAGAAGAUGAAGGCGUUGGCCGAGGCCGAGGCUAGAGCUCAUCGUGAAGCGGCGGCUAAAGCAGCGGCCGCGGCCAAGGCUCGCAUAGCGGCACAGAAAGCGAAGGCCGCGGCUAGGGCACACGCUGCGGCGCUGAAGGCAGCAGCUAAAACACAGACGAAGCUCACCCAGGUGCAGAGUGCAAUAAGGCAGAUCACACACGCCAUCUUGGCAUAUCUCGGUCACCUGAACCUGGCGGGCCCGUUGGGUCAUCCUUUCAAGCGUUCCCCAGACCUAUCUAACCGCGUGUUGACUGGAUAUGGUUCACAGGUGGAGGUCAGUGACGUCCAAGAUCUGUUCACUAACGAUGAAGAGGAGGAAGAAAAGCGAGAGAGUGAGGGGUCAAUGUUCUAUGGUGCCUUCCAGGAAAAGGCGGCAUUGACUGGUGAGGAGGCUGCCAACGAGAAGGAGGCAUUGUCAGAACUCAACCGAUUAUCGGACGAUACAAAUACAGAGUCGGUGUUGAACGAGGAAAACAGCGAGCGCGAGGUCACUGACGAAGCUGCGAGUGACUCCAUUUUCGACGCUGUCUUUAACGUGGACAAUGUGAACGACAACAACAAUGCUGGAGCACUCUCGAAGGGCGAAGGUAACGAGGCGAAGAACAACGAUCAGGUUUCCUUGUUUAGCGAGGCAAUGGACAAGUAUCACUCAGCCUUAGAUCGCUACAAUGACGCAGUCAAAGCUGUGAAAAAUUACAUGUCCAGUCACCAUGAAGAGGAAUAAACAGGACCAGCACAACAGCGAUCAGUAUCACAAUGAUUUCAUACAUUCUCCGCUUACCGCUACGCACAUAUAUGUACAUGUACAUUUACACGGAUUAGAUCCUAUAAGGUCAUGGUUGCCCGAUUCAACUUAUUAUUUUGUCGGUAUUACAAUAAAUUCAGCCCCAAAAAACUGCAAAACCCCGUUCCCAGUAUUUUCGCCA